AAUGAUCUUUUUUAUACUUUCAAUAUUCCUCAACUAUUUCUCACAACUUUUUUCUAAAAAAAACUCUUCAAUCUCUCCAUUUCCAUGAACAAUCUAGGCAAAAAACUUCCUUUUUUAUUUUCAAAAAAGGAAAAUAAAAAAGAAAACAAUGAAAAAUCUCUACAUUACUUCAUAAAUGGAAGUGCAUUACUAAAAGAGCAGCUUUCUUUUUGCAAUUAUGGCCAACAAAAAAUCACCCUCAGAAGCUUCACUGCAGAAGAAAUAAUUACUUCAACAAAUGGAUUUCAAGAAAGUGUUGGCCCUUAUUUAUACAAAGGUAAUUUCAAUGAAAAACAUUUAUUAGUAAAAAAAUACGAGAGAAAAAAGAAAAUGGAUCGUCAUGAUCAUGUCAUACGUGACAUAGUAAUUUCUUCUGAAAUGAGUUACCAUAAAAAUGUUCUUAAAAUCAUAGGCUAUUGUUUAGAAUUUGAAAGAGUAGCUUUAGUUUAUGAAUAUUUAAAAUUUGAUUAUCUUUUUAAACUUUUCUCACCUUCUUGUGAAAAUUUUUUGACAUGGGAAAAAAGAGUAAAAAUUGCUAUAGAUGUUGCAAGUGUAAUUCUUUAUCUUCAUACUGAAUUUCCAACACCAGUUAUACAUAGGAAUUUAACUUCUAGCAAUGUAAUUUUGGACCAAAAUGGUGUUGUAAAAUUGUAUAAUUUUGAAUGUUGUAUACCACUUCCAGUUGGCAAAGUAAAAGUACAGGAUGAUUUAAUAGGGACAAUUGGUUACUUAGAUCCUGAAUAUGUAUGGUCUAGUAAUGUUACAUUAAAAUCAGAUGUAUUUAGUUUUGGUUUAUUUUUGCUUAUGUUGUUAAGUGGGAAAGAAAUUAGGGUUAAUCAUGAGGGAAAAUAUUAUACUGAAGAUUAUGGUUUAAUUUCUUUGGAGAAUUAUGUAUCAAUAUGUGUUGAGAACAAUAAGUUAGACGAUAAUCUUAUUGAUUCCAAGAUUUUGCAAGUCGAACAAAAGAAACUGAAGGCGUUUCUGAAUUUGGCUUUGAGAUGUGCUCAAAAAGUUGGUGAAGAUAGGCCAAAUAUGAUUGAUGUUGCUAAAGAGCUUCAAAGAAUCAAGAGAGGUGAGGUACAUGGAUUUUUACCUACAAUGGAGUGUAUUAUUGCUUGGAAUUGAAAAUGUUGAAAUGUAAACUUGCUUUUAUGUGAAGAUAAUGUUAAUUAAUUCAUCUUUGGUGAAUUUAUUUUUUAUAUUUUAACCCUUUCCGAGCCGAGGGUCUAUUGGAAACAGUUUUUCUACCUGUAUUAGGUAGGGGUAAGGUCUGCGUACAGACUACCCUCCUCAAACCCCGCCUGUUGAGAACAUACAGGUUUUUUGUUAUUGUUGUUGUAUUUUAUAUAUCAUAAAUGUAAAGGUACCUUAGUCUUUGUAUACAAGUAUACAUCUUACAUAUGCCUCAUGUACUUGGUCGCAUAAUCUUAAGGAAUAUAAACUUUUUCAUGGUA